AUGGACAAGGUGGUUAUUGUUUUUGUGGCUCUCAUCCACGUGUCUGUGUCCCUAUGGACAUGCACGAGUGACCUGGAUUGCUCCAGUCAGGCUGGUAGCGUGUGCGUUGCUGGAUUAUGCCAGUGUCCCGCAGGUCAAGAAGCCGUUUCUGGAGGAACACAGUGUGUUGGCGUUGCCCCAUAUCACUCUUCGCCAUGCUUCGAAACAAACCAGUGCAGCCGUUUGUGGGCCAACUACGAAUGUAGACGUGCAGACAACAACACAGAGGGAACAUGUCAAUGCAUGGAAGGGAAUCACUACUUCCUCGGACGGUGCUGGAGGACCAGGGAUUACAGGGAGACCUGCCAUAGAGAUGAGGAGUGUAUCACAACACCACGCGACCCAUAUGCCCUCAAGUGUGAUGGAGUUUGUGUGUGUGCUGACGGGUAUUAUGAACGUCAGAGGGGCGAGUGCAGGAAAAUUGGGAACGCUGUAGGCGACGGGUGCGUAGCGAAUGAAGAUUGUCAAUUUCCUGAAGCAGUCUGUGAUAUUAGAUAUUUUAACUGCACCGACGGAUCCGAAACAAUAAAUUUAAAUGAAUUAUACUUCGCUACUGAAGAGGCUAGCGCCCUCUCUGAUCGAGUAGUGGACUCAGUUCACAAUACCACAUGCACAAGUGACACUGAAUGUGAAUCACCUGCAUCAUGCACUUUUGGAGCCUGUGUGUGUCCAACGGGCUUUUAUAGAUACAAUGGAAAAUGUUUCGCAGAACUCGGUACACCAUCAACACCUGAUCAAUGUGAUGGUCUUCUUGCGGUCGUUAUUGAUGGCAUCUGCUCGUGUCCAUCGAAUUUCUUCUAUCAUGAAGAUAUGAUAAAUUGUAUACGGGUGUCCCGUCGAAUCACGGACUCUUGCAUGGAGGACGCACAAUGUCAUACUUUUGGGGCGCAGUCCCGCUGUGGUGCCCCAAGGGAGCCGUGGGGCAUGCGUUCGUGUGAAUGUAUCACGGAGAAUGCUGUAUGGAAUCAGAAUCAGAAUAUAUGUAGAUUGUUCGCCGGCGUAGGGGAAGGUUGCGAAGUGGACAACGACUGUUUGGCUGGAGAGCUGGAGAUCACGUGUGUGAAGAAUGAAGAAGGCCAGGGAUUCUGCAGGUGUCCGCCACAUCUGACGGAGGUGGAUGGACUGUGCCUUUCAUCUGGACUUGGUCUCGGUGACGCCUGUCAAGCGACUUCAGAGUGUACCGGGACUCAGAACUCGAUUUGUACCAACAACAAAUGCAGCUGUGCUGAAGGAUUUCAACAGGAAAGUGAUCAUUGUGCUCCAGUUAUUGGCGGACCCUGUACCCAAGACACGGACUGCGUAAUAGAGAACACAGCAUGCAGAAACACAACUGAUGGUUUGACCUGUCAGUGUCAUGACGGCCUUGUUGCAUAUGAACAGCAGUGUUUUAAUGUUUCCCCCGGUAUAAAUGCAUCAUGUACUGUAUCAGCCCAGUGUAAAGCGUCCAUGGGCGAAGCUGUCAAUUGUGUCGACGGCUUAUGUGCUUGUAUAUCCGAUCAUCAUUACAGAGAUGGAAAAUGCUGGCGUAUCACUGGUUUAUUCGAAGGCUGUUCACGAACAAGUGAGUGCUACUUGAGCGAUAUGUCAGAAAUCGUGUUAUGCAGAAAUGGACGUUGCCAGUGUGACUUCGACCAUCCCUAUUCUGAAACACUGAAUACUUGUGUUUCUUCGGGAACAACAAUCUACGGAAGUCUUUUGAUAACACUUACACUAUUUAUGUUAAUAAAUUAA